CCCCAUGGCGCUCUCUACUACCAUGCUGGGUUUGAUAAUUUGUUACAGCGGCCACACAUAACUCAUAGACUGUAUUUACAGUUAAGUAGUUUAUUAAGGAAAUAACAGAGUACAACUUGGGGUCAGGAUCAGGAAGCAUGUAGACAAAGUCUGAAAGGCUCCCGUGAAGAGGAGAGCACUUCCCUCCCUUCUUCAGUGCAGGACAGCUCUCGCAGCUCCUCCAGGCUGUGCAAGGAAGCAGGCCCUCUCUCUGCUGUGCAUGCGCUAUCUCAGCCGUGCAGGCCUCUUCUCAACCCCCUCAGGACAGAGUUCUUCUUAGUCCCCUCAAGACAGACCUCCUCUCUGCCCCCUCAGGACAGACUUCCUCUUGCCUCCCUCAGGAUAGGCUCUGUCUCUGCCUUCAGCCACCAUCCCCUCCACUGCUGGCUGACCCAGCUCUUAGCUGGUAUAUCCGUUUUGUCUAGCUUUCUUAGCUGCGUUCCUUCUAGCAGUUCCUGCUCUCACCACCGACUCUGCUGAAGGGCCCCUUCCAGGCCUGUCAUCACCAGCUCUGCCUCAGGGUCCUUUCCGGGUCUGUCACCACUGGCUCUGCCGCAGGGCCCCUUCCAGGCCUCUCGCUGCCUUUGUGUUACAGCCCUUGACCCUUGUUACAGUUCUUUUAGGAGGUUUUUCCACCUCCUCUCUCUCUGCUUCUUCUGCCUUCUUGACUGUUUGCCUUUUUAACUUUUUGCAGCAGUAAGCAAACUCCUGGUCAAUUUCAAGGCCUGGCCCUCCCACCAGGGCCAAAACUGACCAAUCCCCUCUCGAUAGGCCACAGUCACUUCAUCUGCAUAGUAGGUAUCAUGGAUUGAAUUAUGUCCUCCCAAAAAUGUGUAUAUCAAUUUGGCUGGGCCAUGAUUCCUGGUAUUGUGUGAUAGUCCUGUAUGUUGUAAAUCCUGCCUCUAUGAUGUUAAUGAGGGAGGAUGGGUAGCAGUUGUGUUAGUGAGGCAGGCCUCAGUGUACAAGAUUGGAUUGUGUCUUGAGGCAAUCUCUUGGGCUAUAAAAGAGAGAAGCGAGCAGAGAGACAGGGAGACCUCAUACCACCAAGAAAGUAGUGCUGGGAGGAGAACCUGUCCUUUGGACCCAGGGUCCCUGCACAAGGAAGCUCAUAGUCCAGGGCAAGAUUAAUGAGAAGGCUGACGGAGAGAGAAAGCUUUUCCCUGGAGCUGACACCCUGAAUUUGGACUUUUAGCUUACUUUACUGUGAGAAAAUAAACUUCUCUUUGUUAAAGCCAUCCACUUGUGGUAUUUCUGUUAUAGCAGCACUAGAUAACUAAGACAGUAGGCUAUAGUCACUUCAUCUGCAUAAGUAUAUUGACUAAUGUCUGCAAGGUGGUAACAUAAACCAGUCACAGGGUAGGCUAUAGGCCAGGGCUAAACAAAAAGUAUCUAUGGUGGUUAAGAUUGUGUGUCACCGACACACAGCAUCAAACAACACACAAUAUCAAACCAUGAAGUUGUUUACAGUUUCCCCAGGGAAAUGCCAAUCAACUUGGACAAACUUGGACAAAAGUAACAAACUCUGUGGGGUAGAAAGCUAGGGCAAAGGUAAACUCCUCAGGGUUUAGGGGAAAAAUCUCUCAAACAGUUUUUCCAAAGAACCAAGGCAACAGCCCACCUAAAGGAAUUCAUUUUACCAUAGCACUCUGCCUCAGAUUAGUACUUUUGCCACUUCUGAAAUUAUUCAAAUAAUUUUGAUAGUUUAAUUUACCACUCUUCCCUUAUUUGUGCAAUUUUCAUAUAUUUUGCUGCUGUGCAUGUCUUUUCCCCCAUAAGACAUAAUAUUAUUGCCAUAAAAAUUCUAUCUUCAUUUAUAUUUAAUCAAGAAGGUUUUUUUUUCUUUUUCAACAUUUUAAAGAUGCCAUUCCAUUAUCUCUUGGCUUCCUUCGUUUCUCUUAGUCAGCCAUCAAUCUUCUGUUUCUCCUGGGAAGAAUUUGUGUGUGUAUAUAUAUAUAUUUAAAUUAUGUGUAUUUAUAUAUAUAUAUUUUUUUCUUCCCUCUAGCCAUGUUUGCAUUUUUCUCUUCAUCUUGGGUUUUCAGCAGUUUGAGUAUGAUGUGUCUAGAUGUGGUUUUCUUUGAAUUUAGCCUGCGUUGACUAUGUAGAGUUUUUUGAAUCUGUAAUUUGGUGUCCUUUGUAAGGUUUAGAAAAUUCUCAUUUAUUGUUUAAAUAAUUUUUUUUGUCAUUGUUUCUCUCCUCUACUUUUCAUACUCUGAGUACAUAUAUGUUAGACAUUUUCACUUUUUCUCACACCUCUCUUAUCUUACUCAUCUGCAUUUUUCAUCCCUUUUUUUUGUUCUGUGUGCCAAUUUGUAUAUUUUCCAUUUACUUGUAUUUCUGUUUUUCUGUAUCUAAUCUGUAUCAAAACCCAUUUGCUGAAUUCUUAAUUUCAGUUAUUGUGUUUUUUAUUUCUAGAAUUUGUUUUCACGUUUAAAAUGGAUUCCAGGUCUCUACUGACAUCAUCAACCUUCCCUUUAUUUUCAUGAAUGUAUUAAUCAUAAAAUCUAUGUUUCGUAAAUGUAAUAUGUAAAUCACAUGAGGGUCUGUUUCUGUUGUUUGUUUUUCCUCUUGGUUUCUCAUCAGUUAUUACCAUUUUUAUAGUUUGCCUUUUUAUUUUUGAUUGGGUGACAGACAUUGUACUGAGAAACUGUAGAGACUGUAGGUGUUGUUGCCUUCCUUCAAAGAGUGUUAAUGUCCUUCAGCAGUCAGAGGGUCGGGGAUAGAGGUAGCCCAGCUGAGGGCUGGUUUUAGACUUGUUAAGGCCGGUCAGUUUCAGUUUUGCCCUUACCGUUGGGAUGCACUGCCUGCACUCCGAGUUUUGUUUAAUGUAUGUUGAUAUUUCUGUUUCUUAAGUUAUGUGACCUUGUAUGUGCGGGGCAAUUCUGCUCUGUCCUGUAGGGUUGCUAUGGGUCGGAAUCGACUCGACGGCGCUGGGCUUACUGGGUUUGUAUGUGCAGCUCUGUUUCUGUUCCCUAUUCUGUUCCAUUGGGUUUCACCAGUACUGCACUUUCUUGAUUAUUAUGGCUUUAUAAUAGAUCUUGAUGGCUAUUGGUGUAAGUUCUCAGCGUUCUUCCUGAGCCUGCAUUUUCAUGCGUGUUUUAGAGUCAGCUUUCCCACACUCACAAAAUAACCCCCUGGGGUUUUGCUUAGAAUACAAAUUGCGUCUAAAGGUCAAUUUAGGGAGAAUUGACAUGUCUAAAGUAUUUGAACUUUUCAGUCCACGAACAUGGUCUGUCUCUUCACUUAUUUAGCUCUUCUCUCAUUUGUCUCUCUAUAUAUUAGUGUAUGUCUUGAAUGAGUUUUAGAUUUAUUUCUAUUUGUUAUCUUUGAUGCUAUUUUAUAAUUUAUUUGCUGUUUAUUUUAUGCUGGUAUGUAGAAAUUUAUUUGAUUUUUUUGGUAUGCUGACUUUGUUAAAUUUACUUUGAUUCUAGUUCUUUGUGUAUAGAUGUAUGCAGUCAUGUUGUCUGUGAAUAAUGAGUGUUACUCUUUCUAGCUCUUAAGCCCUUCUCAUUUUUUUUCCUUGCCUUGUUACAUGGGUUGGGACCUUGAGUGUAGUGUUGAAAAAAUAGUAAUAGUGGGCUUCCUUGUCUUAUUCUCUGUACCAGGGGACAGCUGUCAGUAUUUCACCAUUACAAAUGAUGUUUGUUGUAGGCUUCUUGUAGAUAUUCUGUUGUGUUUAAGUUCCUAUAAAUCCCAUUUAUUGAGUUGAUUUUAAUUAUUUAGUUGUAGCAUUUUCAUUUAAAUACAUCUCAGUUCUGUAGUGAAAUUUACCAUCUUUUCAUAUAUUUCUUUUAUUUUCGCUUCUAUUUUCUUGACUAUAUUAAUCGUUGUUAUUUUAAUAUCCUAGUUUGUUAGCUCCAGUAUCUAGAUGGCCUGUGAGUUUUAAGUCUGUGUGUUCAUUUGGUUUUUUCUUUCCUCUUGAUUGUCUGGUUGUAUGGCCUUGUUUCUAGGGAUCCUAGAAAUUUUUGACUAAAUGCUGGAGUAGUAUGUUAAAGCAUUGUAGAUGCUCCACAAGAUGAUAUCUUCCUCUGGAAAAAGCUCAUCCUUUCUUCUGCUAGAAAGGUAGAGUGAGGAUUGGUCCCCUCAAUCCAGUCAGGUAGUUAAUCAGAUCAAGGCUGGGUUCUUUGAGCGAGGCACCUCUACCCUGGUUCCUUUCAUCUCAGAGCCUGGAUUGGUCACCAGGCCUUCUCUCCCUAGAGGCUUCUAAGUUCUGAUUUUUGUGUUAUCAGUCCCCUGAAAGUAUGGAACAACUCUGCUCUACUUUUCAGAAGUUUCCUCUUAGCUUUUUGGCCUUCUAUCAUAUACAGAUUCAGAAUUUGACAAAUGUCAUGAGGCGAAAAGCAGCCAUAUGUUUUAAGACUUCUCAUGUCUCUCAUUUUGUCACUAUAGCCUUGUCAGACUGCCCGAGGUUCCACUUGUUUCUGUCUCCUAGCCGUGGCUCUCUGCUCAGGGCCAACCUUAGUCCUCAGCCUCCUGCCUGUGCCCAGAAUUGCCAACUGCUCCCCAGAGAAAAAGCAGCUUCAGAUCGUCAGCUCCCUUCCCCACAGUUCUCCCCUCUCUGAAUCUUAGUCCCUCAUGUCCUUAUUGCUUUGGUAACUCUCGGAUGCCUUUAAAGAGAUGGUUUUUGUAUUUAAUCUGGCUUUUCUAGUUCUCAGAGGGAUUAUUGGUUUGUCACAAGCUUUUUAUCCUACUUGGAGGUAGAGCCUCGACAGUUUUGAAGUUAUGUAGCUCCUUGCAUUGAUUUGGCAUUAAUUUCACUACAGUCUCACUGACCUGUGUGGUGUUUCUCUAAAAUAAAAAUUUACUUCUUUGGUUAGUGUAGAACAAUGUCUUAAAAGUUGCCUACUUUGACCCCCCCACCAGUAAGGCUAUUUCCACCCCCACCCCCCAUUUUUCUGCUUACUGUUUGUAUUUCCUCUUUUGUGAAUUGUUUCUUUCUUUUGAGACCAUCCCAAGUGUGUAUCUUCCUAAGCCGUGUGGCAAGUUUGUUUCUGUAAAGUUUUCUGAUGCAGUUAUAACCUAUAGAAAUCCUGGGAAGAAGGUUCUGAAAGAAUGUACUACAAGGAAUCGGGGAACUCAAGGGCAGGGUUUUUUUUGUAGUUUGGGUCUUUUUUGUUUUCUUGUACAUUUAUGUUGUUAGCCUCACUUCAUAGACCAGCUUUUGGAGACGCUUUGUGAGCUCGUGGAGCUCCCAUUCAGGUCCACCUCACUCUCACUUCGUCCAGCGUGAAUUUGGUUGACCUGGCGUCAGUUACCUACCCUCCUGUUCACUGUGGCGACAGAUGUAGAGAUGGGUCCUCUCCUUAUUGGUGAUGGAAGGAAGGCAGGGUUUCUAGGAGGUAGGGAUGGCAGUGGAGAGGAAAUGACUGCUACCUGGUAGAACAGGGGGUGUGCUAGGUGCAGUAUAGACUGUUUCAGAUUCAGAAAUGUAAGUCAUAGACCUUUAUCUGCAAUUCAGAAGUCUAAAAAGCUCUGAAAACAGUUCCUGAGUUGUGGCAUGUUCAUUUGUUGGCAAAACCGACUAGAAUGAACUACCCUACUUGCUUUGGAUUCUUAUGUUUCAUUGCAAAUGUUACUGUGAUAUAGGGCGGUGUUAUAUUGGGGGUGUCCUGUAAUAUAUGACAUGUGCAUUGUAUUACCUUACUAAAAUAUGUAAAGUUCUAAUUUGAGAAAUACAUCUGUUCCCAAGGGUUUUAAUUUAGUGAUUUGUAGACAUAUAUUUCUUUCAAAGGACUUGGGUGCUUACUGUGUAAGGAGGUGAAUACCUUGGCAAAGAAAAUAGAUCUGACCCCCCAGGCCUGAUGGAGCUUUCAGCCAGUACAGUGAAUUUAGAGUCUACUGGGUACCUAAUUCAAAUAAUCCCAGAAACAAAACCCUCCAAACACACCAGUCUUCAUUCUUAGAAAUACAGCAGGAUGUGUAUGUUAUCGAUCUUAAAUAUUUCCAAUAGGAGAAAUCUGUAUACUUAUUAAAAUACUUAGGAUUGUGAAUAAUGAAUACUGAAAGAGAAAAGAGCCCUAAUUUGUAGGCAAAACCAACAAAGGAAUGAGAUGUACCAUACUGAGGCAUGUUAGAUACAGUCCAGUAUUUGUAUAAAGAGAGACCAGGUUUGAAUACUGAGAAAAUGCAUUAUCCAUGGAUUCCAGAAGCCUAUGUAGGAGAAAUGCGGGCUAAACUGAACAGUAAGGAUUUGGAUUAUCAUUUCGAUCCCAUUUAGCCAGUUUUUGGAAUAAUAACACUUUCAGUGUUUUAAGAAGGGGCUCCACAUACCUAAAGUUAGCUUUUCCUAACAGCUUAUCAGCAUGUUUAGAAAGUAAACUUGUUAUAAUUGAAAUGGUUUUCUUUUGUGGUAGUUUUUAUGUGGUAAUACUCAGUUUAUCAUACUUUAUUACACUGUUUUUUUUUUUAAUUUUAGGAAGCUGUAGUAAUGUAGUCAGUUUCUUCUUUGCAAAAGCGUUUUUUAAAACGAUUUAUUUUUACUAAUUUUGUUGAAGUAUGCUUUUUAUAUAAUUUCGUAAUGACAUGUUGUCGUUAGGUGCCGUAGAGUCGAUUCCAACUCAAAGUGAUGGUAUGUACAACAGAAUGAGACACUGCCCGGUCCUGCGCCAGCCUCAUGAUCAUCGUUAUGCUUGAUUCCGUUGUUGCAGCCACUGUGUCAGUCCGUCUCAUUGAGGGUCUUCCCCUUUUUCGAUGACCCAGUACUUUACCGAGCAUGAUGUCUGUCUCCACGGACUGAUCCCUCCUGAAAACAUGUCCGACAGUAUGUGAGACGCAGUCUCGCCAUCCUUGCUUCUAAGACCGAUUAUGGUUGUACUUCUUCCAAGACAGGUUAGUUCGUUCUUCUGGCAGUCCAUGGUAUAUUCAGUGUUCUUCGCCAACACCACAACUCAAAGGCGUCAGUUCUUCUUCGGUCUUCCUUAUUCACUGUCCAGCUUUCACCUAUGUAUGAGGUGAUUGAAAACACCAUGGCUUGGGCCAGGCACACCUUAGUCUUCAGGGUGACAUUUUUGCUUUUCUACACUUUGAAUAUGUCUUUUGCAGCAUACUGCCCAACCCAAUGUGUCUUCUGAUUUCUUGACGGCUGCUUCCAUGGCUGUUGAUUGUGAAUCCAAAUAAAAUGAAAUCCUUGACAAUCUCAGUCUUUUCUCCGUUCAUCAUGAUUUUGCUUAUUGUUCCAGUUAUGGGGAUUUGUGUUUUCUUUAUGUUGAGGUAUAAUCCAUAGUGAAGGGCAUGGUCUUUGAUCUUCAUCGAUAAGUGCUUCAGGUCCUCUUCACUUUAAGCAAGCAAAGUUGUGUCAUCUGCGCAACGCCAGUUGUUAAUGCAUUUUUCUCCAAUUCUGAUGCCCCGUUCUUCUUCACAGAGUCCAGCUUCUUGGAUUAUUUGCUCAGCAUACAGAUUGAAUAGGUGUGGUGAAAGGAUAUAACCCUGACGCAUACCUUUCCUGACUUAAACCACACAAUAUCCCCUUGUUCUGUUUAAAUGACUGCCUCUUGAUCUGUGUACAGGUUCCUUAUGAGCACAAUUAAGUGUUCUGGAAUUCCUGUUCUUCGUAAUGUUAUCCAUAAUUUGUUGUGAUCCACACAGUCGAAUGCCUUUGCGUAGUCAGUAACACACAGGUAAACAUCUUUCUGGUAUUCUCUGCUUUCAACCAGGAUCCGUCUGACAUCAGCAUUUAUAAUAAUAUAUAUAAAUGACAUAUACACAUCUGUGUAAGUAAUUGACCGUGUGUCCACCAAUAAAUGUUUCUCAGCCUUUUCAGUAACUGUCAGCUAACAGCACAUGGAUUUCAACCCCCACUCUUUUUUCCGCUUCGAGUCAGCAGUUUUAAAAUCCAAAAUGUAGAAGAUCAGUCUUGAAAAUAGUCUUGCAAGAGAAGCAAGCCAUAUAAAUCCAGCCAGCUCUGAUUAGUACGAUUCCCAAACUUUUUUUUUUUUUUUACGUUAAGCCAUACAGGAAGAAUCUGAAAUUGAAAUACAGUGAGAAGAGUUUUAGUAGGGAAGUGAAGCACUUUGGGAGAAGUAUCAUUUAGGAUAUAAGCAAACUGUUACCCUUUAGGUUUUCUUUCCCAGCCUGCUUUUAAUGAGGAUCUGUAUUUAACAUGGAAAACCCGUAGGUUGAUGCCCUCUUGUGGUCUGUUACCAAAAUUAAAUGGCACAAAUAGAAAUAAAUAAGUACUGAUGCUCUUACUGCAUUCUGAGUCAGAGUAUCAUUCUUUUAUAAAAUGAUUUUUCGAACGCGUCUUCCGAGGAAAAACAGCAAAGUGAUCAUGAAUGCCAUUUUCUGUAUAGUUUGUUGGCCCUGAAUUUAUCAAGUAAACAGUUUGUAACAGAAUAUGUAUGUCAGCUGGACACUGACGUAAAGAAAAGUGGGUUGUUUGGUGAGCUGUCCUUUGUUGUUACCUGAGUAUCUAACUUGAUUAGGUGUUUUAAGUGUCUUAAAAUAUGAUAAGAUGUGAUAGUAAUUAUGGGGCCAGCUCUCCUCCCCCAAACAAAUUCCCACUGCUUUCGUGGAUUCCAACUCAUAGCAACCCUGUAGGACAGAGUAGACCUGCCCCAUAGGGUUUCCAAGGAGUGGCUGGUGGAUUUGAACUGCCAACCUUCUGGUCAGCAGACAAAUACUUUAACCAUUGUGCCACCAGCUCUCCUCCCAAACAAACACUAGGAAACGGUGCUUGGGAAAUCUGUUGUAUAUACUUAGUCACUUGACCUGAAAGGGCCAGGAGCUGUAUGAGGCAUUGUAAGAAAUAAGAAUUUAUGUUAGUGAAUUGGUGAAUUUUUUUUUUUUUUUUUACAGUUUCUACAUGCCUCCUUCAGUGAUAUCGAUUACACUCUUUGAGUUGUGCAGCCAUUCUCACCCUCCUUUUCUGAGUUGUUCCUCCUCCAUUAACAUAAACUCACUGCCCUCUAAGGUUUCUGUCUAAUCUUUCAAGUUGCUAUUGUCAAUUUGAUACUGAAAUAGAUAGUUCUGAAAAGAGCAUAAUGCUCAAGGCAGACAUUUUCUACUUGUUAAGCUAAAUUAUUGUUUGGUUUUAAGAAGACUUUGGGGAGUGUUUUUGGUGUAAGUUUUAAAGAUUAUCUCAGGGCAGUGUUUUUAGGGGUUCAUCCAACCUUCAUGGCUCCAGGAGUCUGUAGUCCAUGAGGAUUUGAAGUUCUGGUCUGUAUUUUCCCCCUUUUGAUCAGGAUUCUUCUGUGGAAUCUUUGAUCAAAAUGUUCAGUAAUGGUAACUGGGUACCAUGCAGUUCUUCUGGUCUCAUGGCAAAGGAGGCAGUUGUUCGUGGAGGCAAUUAGCUGUCCAUUCCGUAUGGUCCUUCUGUGCCUGACCCUCCUUCCUUUGUUGUCCCAGGUGAAUAGAGACCAGUUGUUGUGCCUUAGAUGGGUGCUUGUAAGUUUUUAAGACCCCAGGCACUGUGCAGUGAAGUAGGAGGUAGAACAGAAGCACUAAACUUGUUAUUCAGCCGGUUAACUGGAAUAUCUCAUGAAACCGUGACUGUAAACCUCCAAACCAAGAAUCCAGAUCCCAUGAGGUUUUACAAAAGCAGCCUUAGCAGCUACUCUUUUUUUUUUUUUUUUGGUCAUUGUUGUAAAUGUGCCACUCACACAACUUUUGCCAAUUCAGCUUUUUGAGGAACUGCCAGACUGUUUUCCACAGUGGCUGUACCAUUUGGCAUUCGCACCAGCAAUAGGUGGUAGGGGUUCCUGUUUCCUCAGAUCCUUGCCCACGUUUGUUGUUUUCAGUUUUAUUUAUGUAUUUUUAUCUUAGCCGUCCUAGUGGGAGUGAGAUGGUGUCUCAUUGUGGUUUUGAUUUGCAUCUCUGAUGGCCAGUGAUGCUGAGGAUCUUUACAUGUGUUUGGUGGCUGUUUGUCCUCUUUGGUGAAAUGUCUGUCCAAGUCCUUUGCCUGUUUUAUGAUUGGGUUAUUUAUCCUUUUAUUGUUGUCGAAGUUUUGUAUAUAUUUUGUAUAGAUUCUUGUUGAAUAUAUAGUUUUUGAAGAUAUUUUCCCAGUUGGUAGCUUGUCUUUUCACUUUUUUUGUAAAGUCUUGAUUAAGAAAAGUUUUUAAUUUUUAUGAGGUCCCAUUUAUUUAUUUUGUCUUUUGCUGUUUGUGCUUUCAUUAUUAUAUUAGGUAAUCCAUUGUUAAAACCUUGGCCUGACAGCAUUGCCCCUGCUUGUUCUUCUAGGAAUUUUAUGGUUAUAGUUUGCACAUUCAGGUCCUUAAUCCAUUUUGAAUUUGUUUUUGUGUAUGGUGUGAGGCAUGGAUCCUGAUUCAUGUGGAAACCCAAUUUUCCCAGCACCGUUUAUUGAAGACACUCUUCUUUCCCCAUUGAAUGGACUUAGCACCCUUGUCAAAAACCAGUUGACUAUAGAUGUGUGGGUUUAUUUCUGGACUUUCAGUUUCAUUCCGUUGGUCUGUGUGUCCGUUAACAACGGUAGCAGACUGAUUCAUGUAACUGUAUAGUAAGUUUUAAAAUCAGGAAGUGAGUCCUCCCCCUUUGUUCUUCUCUUUCAACAUUGGUUUAGCUGUUCGGGCCCUGUUGCCAUUCUGUAUAAAGUUGGGGGUUGUUUUUUCUAUUACUGUAAAGAAGGUUGUUGGAAUUCUGACUGGGACUGUGUUGAAUAUAUAGAUCACUUUGGGUGGUAUUGACAUCUUAACAGUAUUAAGUCUUCAAAUCCAUGAGUGUGGAACAUCUUUCCAUUUAUUUUUGCCUUCUUUAAUCACUUCCAGUAAUGUUUUAUAGUUUUCAUUGUAUAAGGCCUUCAUGUCCCUAGUUAGAUUUAUUCCUUGGUGUGAAUUUAAGCUUAUUUACUUUUACUGAUAUUAUUGGCAAAGUCUUGUUUGUGUGUGACUGUGGAUUUGAGGAGGAAGAGGAGAAGUAGCAGCAGGAAGUGUUUUUCUAAGAAAGAAAGGCAGCAGAUGUAAAUAACUGCUUUGCUUCUGUUACCCAAUAAGUUGCGUGGUGGUUGGAAGCAGUCCAGUACAGUGAGUAUGGGUUUUGGAUUAGAUGGACCUGGUUUUAAAACUGAUUUCUUUCAUCUCUUACCAGUUCUUGUGUAAUAUUGCACAAGUUACUUGAUCUAUGAACACAGGUUUCCUCUCCUUUAAAAAGUUUAGGGUUAAAACCUACCCUAAUGAGCUGUUUGCAGCUUGAUUUUCAUCAUAUGAAUCACUUAGCUUAUACCCCUGUUAUUAUUGCUCUAGGGUGGGACAGGUUUGAGCUGUAAAGAGAGUGUACCAUGUGAUUUUGCAACUAGUGGGUUCUCAUCUCGGUAAAGACUUUUAAAGAUUGUAUUCUAAAAAGUUUUAAAUCAGCUGAUGGCCCUUUUUCUUCACUAUGGACUUGUUGCUGUACUACCACAUAAGUACAUAUUUUAUUAAUUCCUGUCUGUAAGUGCAGUCAUACUACAUUAAAGAAUUUACUAUGUAAAUUAUUUUAAUAGUUAAAGCCUACUAACCAAUUCUUUCUAUAAAAGUAAUAAAAUAAGAUUUUUUUUUCUUCAGGAGCAAUAAUAGGUUAUAAACACAUUUGCAUGUCUUGGCAGGCUUAACUUAAAAAAAAAACAAAACUAGUAUUGGUAGUAGAUAGUGCUCUUACUUUAAAAAGCUUUUGUGGUUUUUAUGCUUUGUUUUUCCCGAGUUGCCUGUAGAAGCAGGCCCCCUACCUUUUUUAAAAAUUUAUUUAACACUUAAAGGGAUUAACCUGAGUCUCUUUUCAGAAGAUACAAGAUUAUUUGGAGUUGUUUAACUUGACAGAAAAACAAGGUUUCUUUUUAAACCCAGGUGGUCACUAAAUGCCAGGAGAAAAUCCAGCAUUGGACGAAGGUAGAUAAUGACUAUAAUGCCCUCCAGGAAAGACUCAGUACAUUGCCUGAUAAGUUGUCGUAUAAUAUCAUGGUACCGUUUGGCCCCUUUGCCUUCAUGCCAGGAAAACUUGUCCAUACUAACGAAGUCACCGUUUUACUUGGGGACAACUGGUUUGCAAAGUGCUCAGCAAAGCAGGCUAUAGGCUUAGUCGAGCACAGGAAAGAACAUGUAAGGAAGACAAUAGACGAUUUAAAAAAAGUGGUGAAAAAUUUUGAAUCCAGAGUUGAAUUCACAGAAGAUUUGCAGAAAAUGAGUGAUGCUGCAGGUGAUAUCGUUGACAUAAGAGAAGAAAUUAAAAGUGACUUUGAAUUUAAAGUAAAACACCGAAUUGCUCAUAAACCUCACUCCAAACCAAAAACUUCAGAUAUUUUUGCAGCAGAUUUUGUCAGUGAUAUAAAAUCCAACGAAUUGGUUGCUGAUAAGGAACUGUGGGCUCGACUUGAAGAACUAGAGAGACAAGAAGAAUUGCUGGGUGAACUCGACAGUAGGCCUGAUACUGUGAUUGCAAAUGGGGAAGAUACAACAUCUUCUGAAGAGGAAAAGGAGGGUCAGAACCCAGAUGUGAACGUGGCACACGGAGAAACAGAUGUUGUCAUUCCCAGCAGUUGUCAUCAGGAUGUUACAAACUCAGAACUCAUCAAUGGUCCAGCGAGUAGUCAGCUGCAUCAUUCAGUGAAUGGUUCAGAUUCUUAUUACAGUAAUGACGAUGAUGAUGAUGAUGAAGAUGAUGAAGAUGGUGACAGUGAAGAUGAACAUGAUGCUUUAGGGGCUGGAGAUAACUCUGUACCAACAAUAUAUUUUUCUCAUACUGUUGAACCUAAAAGGGUUCGAAUAAAUACUGGAAAAAAUACCACUUUAAAAUUCAGUGAAAAGAAGGAGGAAGCGAAACGUAAACGGAAGAAUAGCUCUGGCACUGGUCAUUCUGCCCAUGAGCUGCCCACGAUCAGGACCCCUGCUGACAUUUACAGAGUCUUUGUUGAUAUUGUGAAUGGAGAAUAUUUUCCUCGUAAGUCAAUUCUGAAGUCUCGAAGCAGAGAGAACAGUGUUUGUAGCGACACCAGCGAAAGCAGUGCUGCUGAGUUUGACGACAGAAGGGGGGUGUUGAGGAGUGUUAGCUACGAAGAAGCCACUUGCACUGACGCCAGUGAGAACACUGUGGAAGGGGAGCAACAAGAAGAAGAUUAUCAAAGGAGACUUUCACCCAUACCCGGCACACCUGAGGCUUUUUCUGGAACUGUAAUAGAGAAAGAAUUUUUAUCACCCUGCUUAACACCACACCCAGCCAUUGCUCAUCCUGUGCUACCCACCAUUCCAGAACGAAAAGAAGUUCUGUCAGAAGUAUCCGAAGAAACUACCAAGAGAGUUUCAAAGUUCAAAGCUGCCAGAUUGCAACAGAAGAACUAGGCCCUGCCUGGGAAAUGGGAGUUCAUAUCCUAAAAGCUAGUUUUGCAUUUGUUUAGAAUACAUACAGCAAAAUGUGUUUCGUGUAGUUUGAAAUAAGGCAUCCUGAGUUAAUUUGGCAGCAAGCUGUCUUACCCUUAUCAGUGGUAUUAAAAAAUUAAAGUAAAUAUUUGAGUACUUUAAUAUUCCACUUGUUUUGUUAAUUUCCUGGAUAUUGUCAACACUCUUGUCUAAGUUUACCUUAUGAUGCAGUGGCAGCAUUUUGAAUUAUUAUAAAAGAAUACUGUUCAGAUGUAUUGUUUUUGUGUUUUGAACUAAAUAGAGGCAGUUUUGUAACAGCUGUGAUGUUGUGCAUACCAUAUGGACCAUUUUAAAGAAACUUUUAAAAUUUCAAAUAGAUUCAACAAUUAUAUUUCAUUACUUGCUUCAGCAUUUUAAAGGCACUUUAAAAAAAAAAAAAACCCUACUUCUCUGGUAGGUUUUGCAGCUAGG